GAGGGCAGGACUGGCAGGGUGCGGUCUGAAGUGGCAACAGAUCACCGUGAAUCGCCCAAUUCCCUUCAAAUCAACUGGAAAGCUACAGAUUGUCGCAUCUGGGGAAGUCCAGAGGAGGGCAACGAGUGAAACGAGCGCGCAAGGGGCUUGUGCGCAAGAGAGAGGGGGGCAGAGAAACCACAACACUGCAACUUGGAUGUCAGCGGCCGCACUCUCUCUCUUUGACUCUCACACCCACCAAAUCGACUUUGAACCUGUUUGUUUAAAUACACGGACUUUACAGCCACUUAUUGCUGACUCCAGUCAGGCGGUUCAGAGCGGAGUUCCUCUCAUCUGUAGGCAUAAAAAAAAGCUUUUUUGGUAUUCCAAUGGUGCCUCAUGAAGACACGGGGUUGACCUUAUUUCAUCCAAUAUUUACGGGUGCGUCGAUUUAUUUUUCACGGUAAAAUGGGAACUAAACUGGAGAGGCACUGAAGACAUCUCUCUCUCUCUCCCCCCGGGAGAGUCCUCCCACCUUUCCCCGGGGCGAUGCGGAUCUCCUUCCUCCUUCUCGCAGCCUCUCUGUGCGCCUCUGUCCUCCUCCUCGCACCUGUCUCGGAGGGCUGCGGGCCGGGGAGAGGAUACGGCAAGAGGCGGCUCCCCAAGAAGCUCAUCCCGCUCGCCUACAAGCAAUUCAGCCCGAACGUUGCCGAGAAGACUUUGGGAGCAAGCGGGCGACCCGAGGGAAAAAUUACCCGCAACUCCGAGCGCUUCAAGGAGCUCACCCCGAACUAUAACACUGAUAUAAUCUUUAAAGAUGAAGAGGACACCGGUGCAGACAGACUCAUGACUCAGCGGUGUAAAGACAAGCUAAACUCUUUGGCCAUCUCUGUGAUGAACAUGUGGCCAGGUGUGAAGCUCAGAGUAACAGAGGGAUGGGAUGAGGACGGCCAUCACUCAACAGACUCUCUACACUAUGAGGGGCGUGCUGUGGAUAUCACCACCUCAGAUAGGGACAGAAAUAAGUACGCCAUGUUGGCCCGCUUGGCUGUAGAGGCAGGAUUUGACUGGGUCUAUUACGAGUCCAAAGCCCACAUUCACUGUAGCGUCAAGUCAGAGCACUCCGUUGCAGCUAAAACAGGGGGUUGUUUCCCUGGCGAUGCUCAGGUCAUCACUGAGGGCGGACACAUAAAACACAUGCGUGACCUUAUCCCUGGAGACCGUGUCCUGGCAUCCUCUUCAACAGACGUCAAAGCUGCGCUCCUCUACAGCCCCAUUGUGUCCUUUUUGGAUCGCCAGCCCAAUGCAACAAGGACCUUCUAUGUUAUCGGAACAGACGGGGGACAUAACAUUACUCUCACAGCUGCUCACCUGAUUUUUGUCGCAGACUGUGCCCACAGAUCCAACAGGUCAGGGCGAGGAGAAACGUCUGAAGAAGCCAUGAGUUUUGCUUCCUUUGGGCAGAGGAGGGAAGCUGAAGCAGGUAUGAGGACCAUUUUUGCCAGUGAAGUCCAGCCUGGACAGUGUGUGUUUUCAUCUUCUGGCAGAUCAAAUUCACGUCCAAAACUCUCGGUGGUGACCUUUGUCGAGGAGCUGACAAGCACUGGGUUAUAUGCUCCUCUUACUCAGCAUGGCUCUAUAGUGGUGAAUGGCGUGUUAGCAUCUUGCUACGCUGCUGUGGACAGUCAUUAUUUGUCCCACUGGGUCUUGGCUCCAUUGAGACUUGUUUACUGGAUGAUAGGACCUUCACAAGUGCAAAAUGAUGGGGUGCACUGGUACCCCUUGAUUCUGCAGUGGCUGGGAAAGGUGCUACUGGGCACUGAAAACUUCCACCCCUUGGGCUUCUGACCAGUGACAAUUAAGCGAGGAAGAAGGAGACAUUUCAGGAUGAUCUUCAAGCAGGGGCACAAUGAAGAAAAGCACAACUGUAUUUAUAUGAAAACUGAUUUAAAGCAUACACAUAUUUUUUACUCACUCCAAAUGCCUGAAUUUGUUGUACUUUUACAAAUCUAGAUCUGUCAUUGUUUUAGACAUUAAGAGAGGAAUGAUUUCCAUUGCAUUGAUAGCAGAAGACUGACAACAAAAGCUCUUAUUCAUAUUAAAACCAAAUUUUUCUUUCAUUUUUUAUAUUCUUACAUUUACUGUCACCAGCUGUGCUGUCUGUUUAGAUUUAACCUUUAUCCCCAUUAUGUGAGACUGGAAAGAGAAUGGAAAUGCAUAAAUAUUUGAUGAAUAGUAAGAGGAAGAUUGGAACAAGUUUAUGAAGCUUUUAUAUGUAAAUAGAUAUUUAUACACUUAAUCCUAAAUAGGAAUGAAUUAAAGGUUUACUUACAAAAGUUUCUUUUAUCAAUCGUUUUUAAAUCUAGAGCUUUUGUUUUAGUUUUAUCUUAAAGGUAUAGUGGAGGAUUUUCACAAAUCUUUGAAAUGACCCACCCUCUCCAUCAAAAAAAAAAAAAAAAAUGCACAUGGACAACCCUGUACCUCUUGCACGCUCUAUUUAAAAGUUGCAGUCUGCAGUUUUCCACUAUGUCAGGCUCACCACCGGUAAGUGAAAUUGGGGACUAGCAUGUAGGACGACCUCAUGUGAACAUAUCACCAGAAUGAUUGGCAAUUAGGAGAACCACUUAUUUUAAUGAUCCACCUGGAAAAAUAACACCCUCUACUAUACCUUUAAAUCAAGUCAGCUAAACGUAAAACUCUUAUAUAGAGCAAAUAUGGCAGGAACUGUAGGCUUAUACAAAAGCACAACACUUCUCUUUCCAAGUAAAUAAAAAAAAAAACUGCCCAUCUUUUUACUUGUUUCCAGUCUUCCAUCAGUUUAAAGAACUUUUUAUCUCCUUCUUAUUCACAUAUUUUAUUUACAAUCUUUUUUAUCAGGUGUUUUAUAAAGAGAUUUUCUUUCAUUAUUUGAGGGUUUUCAGGUCAGUAAUAUCACUCAGGCUCUACUCAACUACUGUAUUAACUAUCUUCUAUGCAUCUUUUUAAAUAGUAGUAAUUAUUACAAUAGGUGGAAAGUAAAAAGUCUAUAUUUUAAUAAAGGCAAUAUGUAUAUUCUUGUGCUUCAUCUAUUCAAAACACUCAUAUUGAAGCAGUACAUUGUUAUCAUAAAAAACGUUAAUUUUAUUGAGAACUGUAUAGAAAUGUACAAAUAUCUAAUAUAUAUUUUUUCAGAUUGCCUAAACUAUUUCUGGUGUUGACAUAAGAACGCUUAAUGAAAACACACAAUGCAUUAUCAUGUAACUCCAAAGAAAUUUUCUAAGACUUCUCAAAAAUAUUGUCAGAUAUGUAUAUUAAAGCUAUUGGAAAACUAUUUAAAGAUCUAUUUUUAGAAAAAGCUGUAUGUAUUAUUAUAUUUGGCAAGUUUGUUAAUAGUUUUGCAUUU